CUCCGCGCGGUGGUGGUGGCAGCGGCGGCGGCAGCAGCGCUGCGGGAAGGUGGGAGGGGCGCACCGGCGGGCGGGGGCGCGGAGCCGCAGGGGGGGCUCUCGCCCAAGGUGCCUGGGAGCGUUUGGAGCUCGGAGUCCGGCGCGAGGCGCGAGUGAGCACGGGGGCCAACGAGCGCGGGGUGGGUGGCCGGCGGAGCGCAGCCGCCGGGCGGGCGGAGCGGGCGGGGAGCCCGGGUCUCCGCGGCUCGGGACCCGGCGGCGGGCGGCGAUGUUCCACUGCAUCCCCCUGUGGCGGUGCAACCGUCAUGUGGAGACUAUCGACAAGCGUCACUGCUCGCUGGUCUACGUCCCCGAGGAGAUCUACCGCUACGCCCGCAGCCUGGAGGAGCUGCUGCUGGACGCCAACCAGCUCCGCGAGCUACCGGAGCAAUUUUUCCAGCUGGUCAAAUUACGAAAGCUUGGACUUAGUGAUAAUGAAAUUCAGCGGCUCCCUCCAGAAAUAGCAAACUUCAUGCAGCUGGUGGAACUUGACGUCUCCCGAAAUGAUAUUCCUGAAAUUCCAGAGAGCAUCUCAUUCUGCAAAGCACUACAGAUCGCUGACUUCAGCGGAAACCCACUGACGAGAUUGCCAGAAAGCUUUCCUGAACUGCAGAAUUUGACAUGUCUUUCUGUGAAUGACAUCUCACUGCAGUCUCUGCCUGAAAAUAUUGGCAAUCUUUAUAACCUGGCUUCACUGGAACUGAGGGAGAAUCUUCUUACAUAUCUUCCCGACUCUCUGACCCAGCUACGGAGACUAGAAGAACUUGAUUUAGGAAACAAUGAAAUCUAUAAUUUGCCAGAAUCGAUCGGAGCUCUCUUACAUCUAAAGGAUCUCUGGUUGGAUGGAAAUCAACUGUCAGAAUUACCUCAGGAAAUAGGAAAUCUGAAGAACCUGCUGUGCUUAGAUGUCUCUGAAAACAGGUUGGAAAGACUUCCUGAAGAAAUCAGUGGCCUGACUUCAUUAACGGAUUUAGUCAUUUCCCAGAACUUACUAGAAAUGCUCCCGGACGGCAUCGGAAAACUAAAGAAACUGUCCAUUCUGAAGGUGGAUCAGAACAGACUCACCCAGUUGCCUGAAGCGAUUGGGGACUGUGAAAGCCUCACCGAACUGGUCCUGACAGAAAACCGGCUCCUGACUUUACCUAAGAGCAUUGGAAAACUUAAGAAGUUGAGCAACUUGAACGCAGACAGAAAUAAAUUAGUGUCUUUACCAAAAGAGAUUGGCGGGUGCUGCAGCCUCACCGUGUUCUGCGUGCGGGACAACAGACUGACUCGGAUUCCUGCUGAGGUGUCACAGGCCACCGAGCUGCACGUCCUGGAUGUGGCAGGGAACAGGCUGCUGCACCUGCCUUUAUCUCUGACCACCUUGAAGCUGAAGGCUCUGUGGUUAUCGGACAACCAGUCCCAGCCCCUGCUCACAUUCCAGACGGACACAGACCACGCCACCGGGGAGAAGAUUCUCACGUGUGUCUUACUUCCUCAGCUGCCUUCUGAACCUGCUUGCCAAGAGAACCUGCCUCGCUGUGGUGCCCUGGAGAGUUUGGUGAACGAGGUGUCCGAUGAGGCCUGGAAUGAGCGUGCAGUAAACAGAGUCAGCGCAAUCCGAUUUCUGGAAGACGAAAAGGACGAGGACGACAAUGAAACGAGAACCCUCCUGAGGCGGGCCACGCCGCACCCCGGGGAGCUCAAGCACAUGAAGAAGACGGUGGAGAACCUACGCAACGACAGAAACGCUGCUAGAGGACUGGAUUCCAACAAGAACGAGGUCAACCACGCCAUGGACCGAGUGACCACGUCGGUGUAGACGACACCUCCACGUCUUACCUCGCACGUCAUCCCUGCUGCGGAGACCGGCCGGCCCGCGCUCCCCCUCGGCGGAGCGCCCCCUGCAGGUCUGUCUCCACCGGACCCCGCCCCCGCCCGCAGGUGGGGGUGCUGCUCCCCCCACAGCCCCGGAAGAAGUGCCUUACUCUAAUCCGACAGCCAGUCCUGCGCCGGUGGUCUCCAGCCUGAUGUCUUUGUGUUCUCUUUCCUAAGUUCCGGUUGUUUGUCCUGAAUAGAAUACACUACUGAAAACAUCUGACCAUUGUUUUCUGUCUUAUGUUGGGGUCAGGGAGAGCAGGAAGGGGAAUUUUCAUCCGCCUCCCUCCCAGAAAGUGCUGGGACAUUGUGAACCCGAAUUCUCUUGGACCUACUGAUGAGAGAGAGGUUUAUGCAUGAGAAAAAAAAAAAAAACUGAUAAUUUUUUAAACCCUUUUUUGGCAGCUCAGAUGGUGUACAUUUAAAAAUUUUGUAUAGGUCUUUCGUAACAAGAAACAAUGUAUUUCUUUUUGUUAUUUUAUCUUGGAAACGGUACACGUUUUAGUAUUUGUGCGGGAAAAACCAACACCUGACAGUCCUAAAGUAUUUGUUUUUAUUUGUACCAUCCACUUGUGCCUUACCGUAUCCUGUGUCACGUCGAACCAGUUGUCACAGUGGCAUCUUUGAGCAGUGAGAUGGGACACUGAAUGUGGUAUUUUUAAUGCAGUGUUUGAAUCAGUGAUCUCCCAGGUGGAUUUGUUUUUAACCAAAAAGAAGAGUUACCAUCCCUUUGUAAAUUAGAUCAGUUGAUUUUUUUUUUUUUAAGAUGAACCAAAGGAUUAGACUGCUACCAUCUCGUUUCUUACACUCUGACUUUUCAUGAAUGAGUCUCUCAUGAUGAGUGCUGUGUCUGAUUGUAUGUACUCGGAAGGUCUGUGCCAUUUGUAAAAUAAAACCGAGCAGAAAAGCACAAAAAGAGAAAAUGGGCUCAGAAAUGCAGUGGGUAAAUAAAUUAUGUACGGCGAAAGUAUGAUUUUUACUGAAGACAGCUUUACAAGUUUUAUAUGGAGAUACAAAACCACAAUAAAGCAGAAUAACCUACAACCCUGCUAGAAAUGUCUCUCUCUUUAUAAGUGCAAUUUAAUUUGUAAAUAAGAGUUGGGAUCCAAGUGUAAUGAAAUGUCGUGUCCCGUUUUAAACGUCUCCUAAUUUAAGGGGCGUGGGGGUAUGUUUGGGUGUGUUUCUGUUGAUUUCUUUUGUUUUGUUUUGUAUGUUGUGAUAAAAGAGGAAUGAAAAAAUGAAAAGCGCCUGUUCCUGUGUGGCGUUUAGGAAAAUCACGUUGUCCGUGUUGGUGUGUUAUUCUUUCCGUGAAAUAAAGUCAGCCUGGACAUGA